AUGACUAAAAAACGCCGUAAUAAUGGUCGAAGCAAACACGGACGUGGUCGUGUUACCAACGUCAACUGUACCAACUGUCGUCGUUUAGUACCAAAGGACAAGGCUAUCAAAAAAUUAAUUAUUCGAAACAUCGUCGAACAGGCUGCUGUUAAGGAUUUAAGUGAAGCUAGCGUUUAUGCAAAAUAUGUUUUACCAAAACUUUAUAAUAAAUUACAUUAUUGUAUUUCAUGCGCUAUUCACAGCAAGGUUGUACGCAAUCGUUCAAGAGAAGCACGUCGUAUUCGUCAACCACUUUUGCGUCCUCAACAAGCUCGUCAACCAGGUACAACUGGUGGCACUGCUGGCCAAGGUAAUACAGGUGCUGGUCAACGCGGCGGCAACAAACAAGCUCCGCAACCAGUUAAUAUGCCUGUUUCUAAAACAUAA